CGAUGAUGACUUCUAGCAGACACUUAUUUACUUUCUUCGGUUCAGGCGAGGUAGAAAUAUAGUUUUUUAUACAGAGGAAUGUGCGUCCAAUUUUCAUUAUAAAGAUGUCGGGGAAGACUACCAAGCAACGGGUCGCUGUCAUUGGAGCCGGACCCUCGGGACUGAUAAGUCUAAAGCAUUUAACUAAUUUUCCUGAUGUAUUCGAACCGGUUGCAUUCGAGCAAAAUUUCUGGUUUGGGGGAGUUUGGCGGUACACGGAUAGGACAGAAAAUGACGAUUUUGGACUUCCAGUCCACUCAGCGAUGUAUAACAACUUGAAAGUAAAUAUUCCAAAAGAAAUAAUGGAAAUUCCCGGUUUCCCGUUUCCUAAGGAAUGGAACAAGUCCUACAUCACCCGUCAACAGUGUCUUGAAUACCUCAACAUGUUUGCGAAUCAUUUUAAUCUAAGGAAACACAUUCAGUUUCAUACACAUGUUCAUAAUGUUCAACCAUUAAAAGAAGCCAACGAGGAUGGCAAAACAAAAUGGCUGCUGACCUUUUCACCAGUUAACAAAAUGUCGGAGGUCAAACAAGAGAAGUUUGAUGCCGUCUUUGUGUGCAAUGGCCACGAUUCUAAUCCAUAUAUCCCUGUCAUUGCUGGAAUGGACGAGUUUGAGGGACGAAAGAUUCACAGCAAGUGGUUCAGAUUCGAGGAACAUUUUGACGGACUGAGGGUAGCAAUUCUGGGUUGUCACUUUUCGGGGGAAGAUAUAUCAAUGAAUGUAGCAAAGUACGCCAAAAAGGUAUUUGCUUGUCACAGAAGAAUGCCAAAGGAAUUUCCACCCUCGUUUCCAAAGGAAAUCGAACAAAGGCCGCCCUUUGUCCGCAUGACCAAAGAUUCCGUCGUUUUUCCUGACGGAAGUUCCGAAAAGGUCGACGCCAUUAUUUUCUGUACUGGAUAUCGGUAUUCAUUUCCGUUUCUGAACGACGGCCUCAUUACAAUUAAGGAUGAGCGGAUCGAGCCAAUAUACAAACACAUGGUUCACAUUGAGCAUCAAAAUCUCAUUUUUUUCGGAAUUCCUCGCCAAUUGUCCUAUUUCCCUCAUUUUCAUGAAAUGGCAAAGUUCGCCAUCAAACUGUUGGCGGGGAAAAUAACUCUUCCUUCUAAAGAGGAAAUGCGGGCUGAAAGUGAAGCUGAAUACCAGGCUCGUCUGAAGGAAGGGAAACCACCCAUUUUUGCACAUUACAUGGGAGAUGGGCAUCGACAAACGGAGUUCAAUGCACAGAUUGCUAAACUCGGCGGAUUCGAACCACUACCGCCUGUUAUUCAAAUGAUUUGGGAUGACGUUCUGGAUGAAAGGUAUAUGAACAUCAUCAAUACACAUGAGUUCGACUAUGAGAUUACCGGUCCAAAUUCGUAUCGCUGUCUAACCCCAGAGAAGGUUAAAUCAAGGGUCUCCAAAGCUGAGAAUGUCGUUGGAAAAUAGAAACGUUUACCAUGUUGUACAAUAAAGUGUGAUUUAGGCGAAUCUCUAAAAAUGGAAUAACACGUUAACACCCCAAAUAUAUCCCGGUGUAUUAGUUUUGUAAAGAAAACCUUAUAUUGUAAUAUGUUAUCAUGUAGAUAGCAAUUAAGGAUUACGUCAUUUCAGGGUUUUAGAUUUCAAAAAAAUAUUUUUAGAAAGUUCAUUACCUGAAGUCUAAAGUUGUUUUAAAAACACAAAAUAACAAUUUUAUUAACAAAAAUCAAUAUUGAUUUCCAUGCUUUGUUUAUUUGAGGAAGAUAUGCUACGAUAAAGGUAGAUUUAUAUUGAAACAGGAAAUUAGGACUAUUUUUUUCAUUUUAUUUUUUUUUUUUAAUUUAUGUAGCAAUGUAAUUGCAACAGUUAAUUAAAAAUGGGUAGAAUUUUGAGAAUUGAUAGAGGAAAUUCGGACUAAAUUAACUUUAAAAUAUGAGCUCAAAAUGAUUCUUUGAAAUAUGAAACUAGUAAAGGUUUUCGUAUUUUAUCAUUUUCCAACCAACAAAUUGUUUAUUAUUUCUAAUAAUAGCAAAAUAAAGAAAACCUUAAAAAAGGUGGACAAUUUCGACACAUUUUUCAAUAAACAUUCCGAGGCCCAUAGCAUAAAAAGUAGACCUGUGAUUGACCUAGUUAUUUGAAAGUGAAAAAACUCCACCACAGAAUUAGGGAUACAAUGUAUAAUAAGUAGUUUUUCGUUCCUAUCAGUGGAUUUUUUUCCGCCACUGAGUAAACGUUAUCCUUGAUAACAGUAUAUUACUAUUAACAUUAUACAAAUAUAGCCCUUUCAUGAGGUCGAUCCAUAGAUGUAUCGACUUCACAAAAAAGCAUAUCGACCGAGCACGAAGUGCGAGGUCGAUAUGCUUUUCUGUGAAGUCGAUAUAUAUAUGGAUUGACCGAGUGAAAGGGCUACAUUCGUUAUAUUAUUUUCCAAAGAAGAAUUGGCAAGAUUAAAACAAAAUUAUUUCUAUAUUUAGAAAGUACAGGUCAAUCUGAGUUUUUAAAGCUUAUUUUUAGAAAGUACAGGUCAAUCCGAGUUUUUAAAGCUUAUUUUUAGAAAGUACAGGUCAAUCUGCAUUUUUAUACUUUGACACGUGAUGUCAAAAGAACCAAUGAUAUACUUCGUUACAAUGCAUGAAAAUAAUAUAUACAUGUAUAAUCAUUUUUUUUCAUUGCAUAUCAAAUUUGCAUAUUGCACCUCUUGUAUUUCUGUUACCCAAGAAAGGAAAUAACAUACAUGUAAGACCGGCCAACUCGGCUUAUUUCCCAUAUUUUGUAUACUUCGGCAAUAAUGUUUACGCGCAUAUUGAUAAAUCUAAUAAAAAUUGAAACAUUUU